GAUCUCCAGUAACCCAUCGUAUGAAGGCCGUCAGGUGAAUGAGGCAGAGUCUGUGCAAAGUAUCAUCCGAACGAUUAUAGGCACCCCUGAUAUUGAGUAGCAGUGACCGGCAACAUUAGCGCCUAAGCCACGAGGCACUGAAAAAGGUCUCUUCUCGUCUCUUUGCAGGCACCUGCCAUCACCAUGAAUAACACCGAACAGCUUUCCAUAACCAUUGCCGACCCACCCUUCAACGAUGCCUCCGAUCUCGCAGAUUUGGUGAUCCGGACAUCAGAUAACGUCGACUUCUUUGUCCAUAGAGCAUUCUUGUCACUCAGACCCCCUUCAUCUUUCUUCCGACAUGCGCUGGACGGGAGCCACCAUACAGAAGAAAAAGAUGGUCUUCCCGUGCUCGAGGUGAUUGAGGAUAGCGCUACGUUUAAAUUCAUCCUGCUCUUCUGCUAUCCAUACGACACUCCCGAACUUACGGGUGUCGAACAGUUUUCAUCGGUAGGGAUGGCGCUUGACAAGUACUGUAUGGACCACGCCUUUGAGCGUUUUGUCCAGGCCGUGAUCGCGUCCCCUCUCAUCAAGGAACAGCCGUUGCGAGUCUUUGCUUUGGCGGUCGCGAACGGAUAGAAGGUGUUGGGAGAGGUUGCGGCCAGGAAUACUCUUGGUGUACCUCUUGAUGGGGCGGAAUCAGACAUCAUGGGGCUUGAUGGCAUCAGUGCACGCCAUCUUCAACGUCUCUUCAAUUACCGCAAGCGAUGUGGGGAGG